AUGUCCUACUACAACGACCCCUCCUGGCCUGCGCCCGCCGCCGCCCGCCAAUCGUCGUGGGAGCAGCCGCCGCCGCCCUCGCGCUCAGGUACCGGACACAGUGGUUACAGCCGCGGCAGGACACCGAGUAACAUGGACUCAGGCGCCAGCUCGACCGUGAACAGGGACGAGGCCAAUGCGUUUGUUGCGCAGUUUGACGAAGUCGAACGCGCCGUCGAGAACCUCGCCAAGGGCGGAAAGCCCUUCGGCGGAUAUCCGCCCGCGACGCCCCCGGCGGGCACCCCGACCAGCCGUCGCGAGUCGAUGCCCAUGAUGGGCGGUGGCGCCCCCCGCCCCCCGUACAACGAGCAGCAAGACGCUCGCUACGGCGGCCAGCAGCGCCACCACUCGGUCAGCGAGUACGAUGGCAUCCGCUCCCACUCGGCCUCGAACGCGCAGGGCUUCUACCAGAACCAGCGCUUUGCGCCCCGACCGAACGACGCGGAUCAGAUGGCGCAGGCGAAGCGACGGAUGGCUGCUCAGCGCGAGCGUGAGCUGCGCAACUACCACCAGGAGCAGCAAUACCACAGAAACGUUUCGGGAUCUGGAUCCAAGUCGGACCGCUCCAUGAGUCCCAAUACCAUGAAUGAAGACGACCGCCGCGAACUCAUCGCCCGCCAACAUCGUGCCCUGUACGGCGAGAACUCAGCCCUCUACAAUAACAACCCCACCUCCAGCCAGGACGUCCGAGUCCAGUCCGCCGGCGCUAACCGCGGAGCAUCUCCACUGGCUUUCGAUCCAUUCGGCACCCAAGCACAGUCCAUCUCUGGCGAGGCCGCCGUCCAGAUGCCCCCUCGAGGCGACAAGGACGCUGCAGGCGGAGCACAGGAGGCCCGCACCAACAGCAACUCGUCUCCUUCUUCUCAUCAGAACCCGGCCUUUGGCCUCUUCGACGCGCAGCAGGCUAGCCGCACCUCGAACUCAUCCCCGGGCGGAUCUCCCCCCGUCUCGGGUUCUAACAAGACGAACGGAUCCGGCGUUGCUCCCAUUGGCACUCGUCCGGCUCCCAACCAGCAUCAGCAGGCUGGUGCACCCCUCGGCAAGCGGGCGACCACACCGCUCCCGUCGCCCCUUAGCUACGGCGCUUACAAUGCUAGCGAGCAGAAAAACAUCGCUGCUUCAUCUUCUUCUUUGAACCCUUCGUCGACGAUUACCGACAAGGGUGCUAUCUGGAACAACGGUCCUUGGGGUAACACGCCCAACCAGGGCGUUCAAGCCUCUGUGUGGGGCUAA